GAGGAGGAGGAGGAGGAAGGCUGGAGGCGGGCCCGCGUGGGGCGCUCGUUGCAGUCGGUGCGCGCCGGGCGGCCGAGUCGGUGCUCUUGGUGCCGCUGCAGAGGGCAGGGAGUUGGGCAAGGGACAGGGCGGUGGGGCCGGAGCUGCGAGGGGAGUUGGUGGCCGCGCCGUCGGGGCCGCGCCGGUCCGCAUCCGGAGCCUGCAUGGGGCGGCGGCGCUGAGCCCAGCCGCCCCGCUGCUGCCGCUGCUGCCGCCGCGCUCCCGCCCCGGCCCCGCCAUGGCCGAGGCACCGCAGCUGGUGGACAUCGACCCCGACUUCGAGCCGCUGCCGCGGCCCCGCUCUUGCACCUGGCCCCUGCCGCGGCCAGAGUUCAAUCCCCCGAGCUCGGCCACCUCGAGCCCGGCGCCGUCGUGCGGCGGGCAGCCCGAGGGGGCGGCCGCUGCCGGGGCCAGUACCGCUGCCUCGGGAGCGCUCAGUGCCGACUUCAUCAGCAACCUCAGCCUGCUAGAGGAGAGCGAGGACUUCACGCCACUGGCCCCUGCUGCCGCUCCCCCGGAGGCGGCCGCCUGCCGCUGCGGGGACUACCCGGCGCCCGAGGCCGGCUGCCGUCUCCACCCGCCGGGACCGCCGCCGGUGCCGCCGGUGCCGCCGCCCGUGUCCGGUCUGUCUCCUGGCCCCGUGGCCGGGCAGCCCCGUAAGAGUAGCUCGUCGCGCCGCAACGCCUGGGGCAACCUGUCCUACGCGGAUCUCAUCACUAAGGCCAUAGAGAGCUCCCCCGAGAAGCGGCUCACGCUCUCCCAGAUCUACGAGUGGAUGGUCAAGAGCGUCCCCUACUUCAAGGAUAAGGGCGACAGCAACAGCUCAGCCGGCUGGAAGAACUCGAUCCGUCACAACCUGUCUCUGCACAGCAAGUUCAUCAGAGUGCAGAACGAGGGAACGGGGAAGAGUUCCUGGUGGAUGCUCAAUCCUGAGGGAGGAAAGAGCGGCAAAUCUCCGAGGAGGCGAGCGGCAUCCAUGGAUAACAACAGCAAAUUUGCCAAAAGCAGAGGCAGAGCUGCCAAGAAAAAAGCAUCCCUUCAGUCUGGUCAAGAGGGAAGCGGUGACAGCCCUGGAUCGCAGUUCUCGAAGUGGCCUGCAAGUCCCAGCUCUCACAGUAACGACGACUUCGAUAACUGGAGCACAUUUCGACCUAGAACUAGCUCUAAUGCUAGCACAAUUAGCGGAAGGCUUUCUCCUAUUUUGCCAGAGCAAGAUGAUCUUGGUGACGGGGACGUGCACUCCAUGGUAUACCCAUCAGCAGCCAGCAAAAUGACUUCUACUCUACCCAGCCUUUCAGAGAUGAGUAAUUCUGAGAACAUGGAAAAUCUUUUGGAUAACCUUAAUCUCUUAUCACCUAAUACAUCAAUGACUGUGUCAACCCAGUCUUCAUCUGCUACCCUGAUGCAACAGACACCAGGUUACUCAUUUGCUUCCUCGACUACAAGUAUAGGUUCCCCGAAUCCAGACUACAGGAAAUUUACAUAUGCUCAAGCUAGCAUGAACUCGUUGCCCCAGAUUCCUAUGCAGACUCUCCAAGACAGUAAAUCAAGCUAUGGAUCGAUGAACCAAUAUAACUGUCCCGCAGGGCUUCUGAAGGAGUUGCUGACCUCCGAUUCUCCGCCGCACGGCGAUAUCUUGGCACCGGUAGACACUGGCGUUUCCCAGGCCGGUGGCAGGACUCUGGGCCAAAGCGUGCUGAUGGUUGCUAACUCGGUGAUGCCAACUUACGGCAGUCAGCCGCCCCACAACAAAAUGAUGAACCCUAACGCCCGCCCUCACCAAGGACAUAAUCAGCCCACACCCGCGGUCAACGGUCGUGCCUUGUCACACACGGUGAACACCAUGUCACACACGGCAGGUCUCAAUCGCUUGUCGACGGUGAAGACUUCGUUACAAGUGCCUAUGAGUCACCCAAUGCAGAUGAAUGCUAUGAACCCAUAUGCCCCUGUUAACAGCUGCAACGGCUAUGGAAGGGUGGGAAUUGUUUCCCUCCACCAGGAGAAGCUUCCUAGUGACUUAGAUGACAUGUUAAUUGAACGGUUGGACUGCGACAUGGAGUCGAUCAUCCGUAAUGACCUUAUGGAUGGAGAAACGUUAGAUUUUAACUUUGACAGUGUAUUGCCUAACCAAAGUUUUCAGCACAGCGUAAAGACAACCACACACAGUUGGGUGUCAGGCUAGGAUGUAGUAGGAGGCUACAGUUAAAUUCUCCAGACUUGUCUGACAGCAGGAACUGAGAAAAGCAGUACAAAGAUGUCCUUCGCCUUCCUUUUUCAUUUCCUUGACAGAGCUGUGCUCAUGCACUAGCUUUCUUUGGGGUCUUUUUCGCGUUUUGGUUUUGUUUUGUUUUGUUCAGGGUAUUUUUUUCCCCUUUUUCUUUUUUCUUCCCUUCGUCGGAGUUGGCAGCAGAGAGAGUAUUUUCCUGUACAGGAUGUUUGCCCCAAACUUGCAGGUUAUGUGCUGCUGUAGAUAAGAACUGUGCCAUUGGAAAUUUCAUUACUCUGAAGUGCCAAAUUCACUACACCGUAUAAUCACAGCAAGAGACUCUCACUUGCAUCAUGUUGUGCUUUCGGUUUUGUACAGUAUGACCUGUAGAAGAAUUGUUUUUUAAGACUGUCUGUUUUGGUCCAAGACAAGUUUAUAAACUUUUGUAAGGAUACUGUGAUGAUCUCAUGCCCUCAGUAAGUUUAACCUCCAUUGAUGUCACCUGUGUUUUGAUGAAUUGAGAUAACUGUGGACUUGCCUUGCAGUAGUACGAACUGCAUUAUUUUACUCAAAGUUGCCACACAUUUCAUAUGGGAACAAAGCAGCCUGUCAAAUACCUUCCUACUAAGCUCACUGCCUAUUCAAAGCAAGCAGUAGGUUAAAUGCCAUUUGAUAAGUUACCUGUAUUCAUGUAAAUUUAUGCAAGAAUGUAUCUGGAUUUCAUUGUUAGACUAAUGACUUUGUUGUUGGACUCGAGAUAAUUUUCGGAGUACUUUCCAAGCUAUUUUUCUUAUAAUUAAAGUCUACUUUUGUUAUAUAGACAAAAAAAA